GAGCUGCUGCUCAAGGAGUACCUCCAGAAGCUGCCAGCAGAGGCCCCAGACAGGGCCGAUGCCCAGAAAGCCCUCGAUGUGAUCUUCUCCGCUGCACAGCACUCCAACGCAGCCAUCACUGAGAUGGAGCGGCUGCAGGAGCUGUGGGAGGUGUACCAGCGCCUGGGCCUGGAGGACGACAUAGUGGACCCCUCCAACACGCUGCUCCGGGAAGGCCCCGUGCUCAAAAUCUCCUUCCGCCGCAGCGACCCCAUGGAGCGCUACCUCUUCCUGUUCAACAACAUGCUGCUCUACUGUGUGCCCAGGGUCAUCCAGGUGGGUGCCCACUUCCAGGUGAGGACCCGCAUCGACGUGGCAGGGAUGAAGGUCCGGGAACUGGUGGAUGCGGAGUUCCCCCACUCCUUCCUGGUGUCAGGAAAGCAGCGCACCCUGGAGCUGCAGGCUAGGUCUCAGGAGGAAAUGACUUCCUGGAUGCAGGCAUUCCAUGCAGCUAUUGAGCAAAUAGAAAAGCGGAAUGAAAGCUUCAAGGCUGCAGUGCAGGGCUCCGAGGGAGACAGCCAGGAGCAGGAGCUGCAGUGCGAGGAGCUGGGUCUGCGGGCACCUCUCUGGAUCCGGGACAAGAUGGUGACCAUGUGCAUGCGCUGUCAGGAUCCCUUCAAUGCCCUGACACGCCGCCGCCACCACUGCCGGGCCUGCGGCUAUGUUGUGUGUGCCAGGUGCUCAGACUUCCGGGCUGAACUCAAAUAUGAUGACAACAGGCCUAACCGAGUCUGCUUCGACUGCUACACCUUCCUCACAGGAAACGUGCUCCCUGAGGACAAGGAUGACAAAAAGAGGGGCAUCUUGGAGAAAGGGUCUGCAGCCGGGUCGGAGCAGAAUCUCAUGUGCAGUUUUCUGCAGUUGGUCGGGGACAAGUGGGGCAAGAAUGGCCCAAGGGGCUGGUGUGCCAUCCCCCGGGAUGACCCCCUUGUGCUUUAUGUCUACGCGGCCCCUCAGGACAUGAGGGCUCACACCUCCAUCCCCCUGUUGGGCUACCAGGUGACUGCUGGACCCCAGGGUGACCCUCGGCUCUUCCAGCUACAGCAGUCAGGCCAGCUGUACAGCUUCAGGGCUGAGACCGAGGAGCUGAAGGGCCGUUGGGUGAAGGCGAUGGAGCGGGCAGCCAGUGGCUGGAGCCCUGGGGAGCCCAGUGAUGGGGACCUGUCUGACUGAGCCUCAGAGGCCCAGCUCCUCCUCAAGAGUCUCCUUCCCAUGACCCUGUGGCCUCUGUGCCCCGCCACUCUAAGCUGACCUUUCAAGUGAUCAGUUUCCAGUUGUGCUUGAUUUGGAUUCAGAAAAUAUGGAUCUUUUCCUUGGGGGAGGAAGUGACCAAGUGUCCCAGUUCUGCCCAGGGCUGUGGGGAUUCCUUAGACAUAGAACUUCCAGUGUCAAACAAAGCCAGGAAAGUCCCAGGCAACCCAGGACCACUUGUCACCCUAAUGUGGCUCUCAGCCUGAGUAUUGCAUUAGAAUUACCUGGGAAACUUAAAAGGAAAUACCAAUAAAUACUUUUAAAAAUAAAUUUAAGGGUUGGGAGAUAGGUCAACACUAGAGCACAGGACUUGCCAGCCUGAGCCUCCAGGUUCAAUCCCAGCAUUGCCACAGGCCAGAUAGGAACAGAACUCUGCUCCCUCCCCAAUUCCUUAAAAAUAAACCUUUACAGUUUCAAUUUAAAAAAAGUACAUAUCUGUAUUCAUUAAUGAAAGUUUCUGACUUACUGGUCUGAGAAGAGAAAGACAUGAAUAUUUUUCUGUAAUAUCCAUAUGAGUCUAAUAGGCAGCCUAGCUGCCUAGGCUAAAGAAAAAAAAAAAACAGGUGUACAAUCCAGGUGAGCUGUCUUGCUGAUCUGAAAAUAAGUAUAUCUAACAAACAAGCAAGCAAACAAAAAAUUUCCUUUAGGGACCAGACUUCCUUUACUCAACAAAUAUUUGAGCACCUACCAUGAGGCAAAUGUGGUUUUUGUACUGGGAACACAGUAAUCAAUGAGACAGGCAGAAGAAACUGCUUUCUUGGAGUUUGUAUUCUAGUGAGAGAGCUCACCAAUAAAAUGAGUACAUAAAGUAUAGAACAUAUUAGGUGUGACAAGAUGACAAACAGUCCUGUAUUUUCUGAACUUUAAAAUAGAAUUUCUUAAGUCCAUGGAAACAUCUCUGUUUCAGACAAGUCUGAAUGGUUAAUCACCCCAGUAGGAGAAAAUCAAAGUGAGGGCAGAUAGUGCACACCCAUCAGAACACACACAAACCAAGUGCAAGGACAACAUCCAAAUCCCCAGUCUUGGGGGAAAGCUUCAUGAGCAGUACAGCAGUGUUACAGAUCUCUCUCCCUUUCUUCCCCCUCUAUUUCUCUUGGUCUCUAUGAAAAGUAAAUGAACAAGCAAGUAAAUAAACAGUAAAGGGAGAAAGGGAGGGCAAAUUGUGUGUGUGUGUGUGUGUGUGUGUGUGUACUCCCCUUUUUAUUUAUUUUUUUAAAGUUUUUUUAAUAUUUAUUUUCCCUUUUGUUGCCCUUGUUGUUUUAUUUGUUGUAGUUAUUAUUGUUGUUCUUGAUGUCAUUGUUGUUGGUUAGAACAGAGAGAAAUGGAGAGAGGAGGGGAAGACGGAGAGGUGGAGAGAAAGAUAGACACCUGCAGACCUGCUUCACUGCCUGUGAAGUGACUCCCCUCCAGGCAGGGAGCCGGGGGCUCGAACUGGGAUCCUUACGCCAGUCCUUGCGCUUUGCAUUAUGUGCGCUUAACCCGCUGUGCCACUGCCUUGUACACUCCCUUGUACUCCCAUUUUUAAGAGGAAAAUCUUCCACCUGCAGGAAGCUUCAAAGAGGCUAAGCAGGGCUGCAGGUGUCUCUGUUUCUCUCUCCUUCUCUCUCUCCCCCUCCCUUCUCAAUUUCUCUCUGUCUCUAUCAAAAUAAGGGAAAAUGAUCACUGGGAAUAAUGGAUUCAUUAUCCAGGCACCAAGCUUCAGUGAUAACUCUGUGAUAACAAAAUAAGUAGAUAAAUAUAAAGGCAUCACCAUGGAAUCUUCUCGCUGAGAAGUCAGUAUUUAGAAAACAACCUCAUGUAAAGAAGUGGGGGAGGGGCGGGGGUGAUAGUAUAAUGUUUAUGCAAAGAGACUCUCAUGCCUGAGGCCCCAAAGUCCCAUCCCAUCCAAAAUUCAAUCCCCUGCACCACCACACGCCAGAGCUGAACAGUGCUCUGGUUAAAAAAAAAAAA